CAGGCUGAGCUGAUUGUUCCCCCCUGCGCCGGCAGUGUGUGGCCCUGACCGAGAUUUUUACAAGCUGACAACAAAAAAAGGACUUUAUUUUGUUCAAAGAUAUUAAUGAGGGUGGGGAUUAAUGAGGAUUGAUGUCAUCCAUUUAUGAUCAAAAAUGAUGACAUCAUUGAGCAGACGUAUUUGGCAGAUAACGCAAAAGACUCAGUUGUGGCCAGGCACACGGUUAUCAAGACGGCAAGAUUACACUUUUCAAAGAUAUCCUCCCGUUGACUAAAGGUCAAUUUUCAUUCUGAUCCAAAUAAUACAAAGCAUGACAAGGCAACUGCUGCUAAAGAGGGAGGAUAACUGACAGGCCUUGUUGAAGUGUGUGUGUGUGUGUGUGUGUGUGUGUGUGUGUGUGUGUGUGUGUGUGUAUGUGUGUGCGUGUGUUUAAAGGUGUGAUACUGAGUGCUUCUUUUUGCAUGUACACUGUUUGUCCCUUUCAAAUACCUCUUCUUAGUGAAAUUUGUAUUGACUUUCACUGACUUAGAUUUUGAAAAUGGCAGGGCUUAGCAAAGGUUACACUCGCUCCUGUUCUUGUGUACAGGUGUCAUGUCUGUUGAUGUAAAGGAUAUUGUGUGCUCUUGUUGAAGUUAAAGUCUGGGCCUGGAUAUCAUUUGACUAGAAGGUCAGAGCGCCUUUCCCACAAGAGAAAGGACAACAGGCUCAAAUUGCCUUUUAGUGUACUGUAGACUCCAUUUCCUCUGUUGUCUGACGUUUGUUUGUCAUAUUUGUUUACUCACGCUAGUAACACUGGGACAGUCUGUGUUCAGCAUGACUGUAUUUUUUUAUAAUGCGCUCUGACCUAAUUGGCAUACUUUCAUGCAUUGUUACGUAGCUGAUGUAUUUUUAAUUGAGUCAUAAUCACCACAUCACAGUUCUUGGAAGCCCUUGUAGGUAGGUUUGAAGAGUUUGCUUUCUCUGAAGGGACAGGUUAGUUUGUUCUGCCGCUUAUCAAUGUGCUCUACAUAGACAAGCUCAUUUGCAAUUUGUGCGUAAGCUGAUCUGUGUACUACCGUACCUUGAGCUGACCGGAGUUUUUGUGGCACUAUUUCCUUGUCAUUCCUCUGCAUUUCCUCUGCAUGUCUGCUGUGUCCUCUGUUUGGUUUGGUUUGGUUGAUUGGUUUGACAGGACAUGUAGAAUGUGGUGAAAUUAAUGCUUUGAGACAUCACUGCCCAUCCCAGCACUGGCCAUGUUACCUUCAUACAUUUACCAACCUCAGUUACUUGAUGUUUAGUCAUUGAGAGAAUAAGACAAUCAUGUGGCCAGGACUAGGGGAUGUUGCACUGGAGCUCUCUAAGUUUUUACAUGGUUAUUCAGUGGUGUGAUGUGAGGGCCUGAGUCACUUAGUCGCAAUGUGUGCAGUGUCUUUGGGACACAGGCUGCCAUAUUGGUCCAUGCACCCCCCCACCAACCCCCCAAAAGCCUUAAUUUGCUCACUGCAGGGUUAAAACUGCUCACUCUAACUAAGAAAGCAGCUUUUAAAGCUCUCACCAUUUCAGUUCAAAAGAAAAAACAAAAAAAACGAAAAGUAAAAGCAGCACAAAAAUGAUGAAAUCAACAAACAUAGCUGUACUGUAGUGGUGACCAAGCCCCGUCUGCAUUAAGACACACUUAUUUGCACAAGAAGGCAAUAAUUAUUCAAAUUUAUUCUCAGUUGUUGCUCCUCAGGUCACUUCAGUGAACUUGGCCCUAGUAGGCCAGUGCCAUUGCACCACUAAAUCCAUGUAAGCAUGUAUGGGGUGAAGAACAGUUGACCAUGCACCAGCGAGAUUGGACCAGCACCUCGAGGAACCAUCUCCUCUUCCUUCUUUUUUUUGUCCCCUCUUUGUCUCCUUUGAUCCUUUGAUCUAGUUUGCUACAAAGGAAUACUUCCAAAAUCAAGACUGGCACUACUCUCAUGUCCACAAUGCCAUCCUCGGGCCCUUUGGGGAGCUGAUGACGGAGGCCGACCUCAUCCGCAUCGAGAGGCAGAUCGAGAACCUGACGGUCAUGCACAAGGUGACGGAGGUGGAGAAGGAGCUGGAGCAGCUGGAGCAAGAGCUGCACCAGCUCUUGCCCGUGUCGGCGGCGCUCAACCGCGAGCACUUCUCUGUCAACCCCAAACAGGUCCACGGGCAGGCAGAGGACCUGCCUGCCUGGUGCAGCAAGAUCUCCACCCUGCUGAAAAGCAUGGCCAUCCUACUGGCCACUCUGGGAGGGAAGGAGAUAGACAUUCUGGAUUUGAUCGCUCCAGGGUACACUCACGAGGACGCAAAGAGCUUGAUCAAGGCAGGACAGACUGGGUCUGCUGCCUCUGGCAAUAUCGGGAGGUCACAGUCCUUCUCCACUCGGGAGGAGGUGGAGAAGGAAAUCAAGCAGUUUGGUGUGUCUGUGAAGAACCUGAAAGCCAACUAUGAGGUUCAGAACCAGUCCAAGUACGAGGAUGACAAGAUGAACAGGGUGUACAAACGCAAGAUGUCACUGCCGGUGGUCAGUGAGUCUAGUUUCCAUGCAGAUCCAAUCCUUGAGGAUGAACUGACACUCUCUCCAGCCGAGAUGCAGUCGAACACCAAUGAUGUUUCUGCAUCAGAUUUUGCAAACCUUCCUCUAGUAGAUGAACCUCUCAUCACACCAACGUAUGUGCCCCCCACAUACACAAAUUCAGGUGGCACAUCCCAGGGGGACAUGAAACAUGAAAUCAAUGGCACCCAUGCCUCAGGAGACCCAGUGCUGAACUCAGAUCAGUCAACACGGAGUCUGGAGGUGCAAACAGACCUGAGCUAUGUGCAGGAGUGCAUUGAAAUGCGCAAAGAGCGUAUUGUCUUCCUCUUCCUAGAGCACUGGAGGAAAUACACCAUGUCAGAAUCCUACAGGCCCAAGUACAGGUCCAACCAUCUUGGAGUAGGACAAGAGUACCAGCGUUGUGACCCAAACCUGCCGGACAUGGAUGGGAACAUGCAAAGUGAGGACGACAAGCUGCUGUACUUCAUGAAGCAGAGGCAAGUGGUGGGCAACCUCCUUGGCCACUGGAGGAACAUUAUGAGUCAGGUGCCCACACGCCAGAUCCGCAGGCUCAGCCGAGCACAGAUGAUCUACUGGCCCGAGCACUUCCUCCCCCACAUUAAAGGGGCGCCCGUUGACUAUGACAGCCUGACCCUCGACCUUUUCAUGUUGGGAUACUUUCAGCUGCUGGAGAUGAACAUGUCUCGCACAGAGAGGAAGUUCCGGCACCUUCUGUGCUACGAGAUGUUCGACCGGCUUGGCAGCCACAGCUGGGAGCAGAUUCGACAGUUCCACCGCGAGGUUAUGGGGAACAUUGAGCGCGGGCAGCGGGAUUGGUCCGAUGGCUUUGAGGACAUCAAAAUGAAGUAUUUUGGAGAUUCCCCUGAAGGAGGAGGGUUGCUGAGUGGCUCUGAGAUCGUCCUUCCACCUGAGUUACUGAAAGAGGGUCAGGAGCAAACCCCUACACCUGUACCCCAGGAGGUUGUGCAGAGCGCUGAGGGAGCCCUUGUGAAACAUGCCCUAAAGCCCACAGGAGAAAAUGGUGUGCAUGAUGCUCCUAACCCACACCCUCCUCCAGACUCCCAGGACAGUAAGGCAUCAGACACUAUGACGCAAGAGACUGCGGUUAAUGGCACACAUGACACAGGACAUGACACACCACAAAACCAGAACACAGAACCGCAACUGCAAAUCCAGCCUCCUGUGCAGGUUGUGGUGGAGAAAGCCACAAGUGAACCCAUACAAACGCCUCUUGAAGAACCUAAUGAAGACUCCAUCCAGCUAAUCUAUGAGCUAAAACAGUUCAGUAAUGAGGAGAUCAUCAGAUACAUUGAUCGCAGCUUUGCCUUCUGGAAGGAGAAAGAGGCAGAACUGUUUGAUAUCUAGUUUUAGAAAAUAACAGGGGGAGAGAAGAAAAGCUACUGUUACGGGUGGCUCAUGUUAUCUGGGCUGCCCCUUGAAGUUGGUUCAAGAAGGGGGUCAGUGUCUGUUCUGGCCAGUGCCUUAAACACAGAUCGAAUGCUCAGGUGAUCAGUUGAACAGUAUGACCAUCCAAGAUGUGCUACUAAAAUAGAGGUUCUUUAUUUUUGCCAGUGAAGGAGGUGUUUGAACUAACGGUGGGCUACAUGAUGCAUCGCCAUCAUUUAUGAAGUAUACACCAGCAUUUAUUUAUUUUUUGUUUUGAUGACAACUAUACAGUUAUAAACUAAAGCGUUUUUAAAAGUGCUAAUUGGACAUUUCUUCAAAGCUGCUUCUCAGAUUUCUCAGAGCUGCUUCUCGUUUUUGAUGGUAACUUAGACAAAAUAUAACACUUUGAGACUGACCAUUUAUUCUAAGUAAUUUAACCCUGGGGUGAGCAAAAAUAAUUACUUGCCUUUAUAAAAAAACAACAACAGGUAUUUCGUUAACAACAUUGUUCAUUAGGGAACUAACUGAAUACUGCACAUGAAUACAAAUGAUAUCCUGAGAUUUUACCUUGACAAAAACAGUAUACAUUGUAAAAAUAGUAAUAAGUGUUGCGCUGAUCCUUGAAUUAUGCCCUGAGACACGUUAGAGAUUACUCCUAACAUCAAUCAGUUUUGAGGUAUCUUUAAACAAUUCACAGUCUCAUGUAACAGAUGGUAUGUACUUCUACAAGAUAAUGUGAAGUGCAUUUGGAGGGUUAUAUCAUGUUGCAUUGCUGUUGUUGUGUAAUGUCAGGCUACAGCGUGGACGUUUGUGCACGAGUUUGUAAGACUUUGAUUGAGUGUGUGUUUGAUAGAGAUGAAGGCCUUAGGUGUAUUAAUGCACUGUGUUUAUUUCAAAAGAGCAGCGCAGGUACAACAUCUCCUGAUGUAUUUCAGCUUCAUGUAUUUUUAAAGGCAGCACCUGAACUGAACUCUAGCUGUCAGAGCCCAACAUUUUUUAGUACUAAUUCAUUUGCCAGCAAAUAUAAUAUCCCUAAUGGAGACCACUUUUGAAGCCUCAGCAGAUCAUUAUUUUAUUGUCAUUUUUAUGUUAGGUCCGAUCCGGGUUUAAAUUUGUGUAAAGAUUUUUGGAUAAAACCGUUUUUGUGUGAAAUGUUUCUAUAAAGAGUUUUUUUCAGUCCCAUAACAAGAUAAUAAAACUUUAAAACUCGAAUAUGUUUGGCUUGAUAAUUCUCAGAAGGGCCGCAGAUUAAUCGUAUUUGUGUGGACAGAAAAGUACAUAUAAUAAUAUCACCAGUUACUACAUUAUUAUAAGAAAUUGUACAAAGUCUGCAUUAUGGGUAAUAUACAACUGUAUUUUACAAAAUAAAAGCUAUAACACUAAACACAUAGACACUAUACUAUGCAGGUCUGUGUAUUACACUACCUGGGAAUGGAUGUUUGGCACCCACAACACACGUUGUUGAAGCAUCUUCCCACACUACACAUUUACGUAGAUCCUCAGUCACAGAAUCCCUCUUAGAGCCCCCUGCUGCUUACAGUGGCUUAGUGCUGAGGUAAUGGGGUUACAUCAGCAGACGACCUCUGAUCUUCUUUCAGUCAGUCACUCAGUGGUGGAUGGUGUGACACAGGUAACUUUAGCCAGAGGUCUAUAUAUGGGAGGCAGCUGAAGUCUGGUGGACUGGUAGACCCUGCCGUGAGGAGCCCUUGUCCUUUAGAAUGCUACACAAAAUUCCUGGAUAACCAGCCACAAAUAUCCAGGUGUUGUGAAUAGUAGUUGAAAAGGUGGUGUGAAUAUGGUACCUUCCAUGUGUCGACAUGGUGGAGUGUGCAUUCGAUUACACUGUGGACUGGAUAAUACAGAGUCCAAAGCAGAGAAGUAUGAAUGUGUGCAGGGCCCGUACAAAACAGGUCAGAAACGUAAUGGUGAUAAAACGGUACUCGUGCUUUUUCAAAGCUGCUUAUCAGGAAGGUAAGAACCCAUAAUCCCAGUGCGUACAACACUGACUAGCCCAAUUCAUGUUGAAGCUGACAUUAGUACAAGCCUGCCACUCUAGUGACUACGUAUUUUCAUGUAGUCCUUGUAUUUUUAACCAGCUGUAAACUUUCCUUUGGUAUCAGUCAGUCAGGUGUCUUGAUUUCUUUUUUCUGUUGCUAUAAUUCCCCUGGGAAUGAUUAAAAAUUAAAAGUGAAGAUUAUCUUACUUGGGUAGUUUGAGCCUGAGCAGUGAAAAGGCCUGAUGAUAGAUGGGUUUGGGUAACCUAUCUGUAGGAAGGAGAACAUUAGAUAGCCAAGAUGGCCACCCUCUCAGCAGCACUCUGAUUAUCCUGUGUUCAUGUGCGUGUGUGUGUGUGUGUGUGUGUGUGUGUGUACAUAUUUAAGUGUGUGCGUGUGUAUGUGUGAAUAUUUAUAAUAGUAUAUUUAUAUGUGCAAACAUUUAUGUAUGUAUUUAUGCAUGUAUGUUAGCAUAUGUAAAUGUGUGUAGUCCAAUAUGUUAUUUUUUCCUUUUGAUGGUAAUUCAUCAUUCCAAGUAGCCUGACUUUGCGGUCCGAUCUCGUUCAUUUUUGCUUGAAUAGUGAGGUGCCAUGCAUGGCUGAGUAUGCUGGAGGGACUCUCCGCUCACAGCUGUAGGCACUUAUGUGGUAAAUCACCUCUUUGAUUUGGCAUCAUAGUGUGUUUUAUUUCUCCCCCAAACCGGAGAGUCUGGAGAGAUAUCUGGCCACACUCAGAUAAGAGGACAAUGAAACAGUGUACUAAGUGCCCUCAGACAUUUGUAUGUUUGUGUGAUUGAGUUGAUACAUGUGAAAGGCAAAUGUUGCACAUGCAAAUGUUGCACAUGUACUGAACAGUUUGAGGACACACCGUUCCAGAAGAAGUACUACAGGACAAGGUGAACUUUUUAUUUAUUUUCCCAUGAGAGAACAUGGGAGAACAUUUUGUGUUCACUCUUUGAGUGUGUUAGAGUGUGUAAGAGUGAACACCCUGUUUUCCUGUGUGAUUCUCAGGUAGAUGAGGAGACUGCUCGGCUAGCCAACAUGCCGGCCUGGAGGAGAGACAUCAUGAAGAA